CUGACAGCAAGCGUGAAUCAUAUUUAUUUUUACGAAAACUGUCACAUCAAUUAUUUUACAUUGAAAAGAAACGCAAAUAAUUAAAAAUGGAGUGGCUGUUCGGUAAAAAAGUUACCCCCGAAGAAUUGCUUCGAAAAAACCAAAGGGCACUGAACAAAGCCAUGAGGGAUCUUGACAGAGAAAAACAAAAAAUGGAACAACAAGAAAAGAAGGUGAUCAGCGACAUUAAGAAAUUAGCCAAAGAAGGACAAAUGGAUGCUGUCAAGAUAAUGGCCAAGGACUUGGUCAGGACGAGGCGCUACGUAAAGAAAUUCAUGCUGAUGAAGGCCAACAUCCAAGCAGUCUCGUUAAAAAUCCAAACGCUCAGAUCGCAAAACGCCAUGGCGCAGGCCAUGAAAGGCGUCACCAAAGCCAUGCAGAGCAUGAACAGGCAGCUCAAUUUACCUCAAAUACAAAGGAUCCUGCAAGAGUUCGAGAAACAAUCCGAGAUCAUGGACAUGAAGGAGGAAGUCAUGAACGAUGCCAUCGAUGACGCCAUGGAAGGCGACGACGACGAGGAAGAAAGUGACGCUGUCGUGAACCAAGUAUUAGACGAGCUGGGUCUACAGUUAGGAGAUACUCUUUCGGGUCUACCUCAAACAGCCGGUUCGUUGCCGGCCAGUGGACAGAAGCAACCCGCUGCUGCCCAAGCUGUCGCCGGUGGAAGUAACGGCGGGGGCAACACGUCCGGAGGCGGAGGCCUGUCCGAUGCCGACGCCGAUCUACAAGCCAGGCUCGAUAAUUUACGUAGAGAAUAAAUUAUGGCGAUUAAUAAGGUAAAAAAAAGGCAGAUUGUACCGAUUUCGGCUGGGCGAUUUAAAGCGAAAUUAAAAUAGUGCGUUAUUUUUUAUAUGCUGAGAUUUAAAUGUUUGAUACACAUAAAAUAUGCUUUAUCGAUUCCACGAAUGUUACGAGGAAGGUUUUCGUUAACAUUGCCUUAUUUUUUUUUUGUUUUAAUUGUAAGUAUAAUUCUGCUUUAAAAAGUGUAUUAUAAAUAGAAUACUGUUAAAUAGGUUUUUAAAUUUGUAUAUUUUUUAAAUUAACUCCUUUCCAUUGUAUACUGAAUAAUGUUUGUUUUAUAUUAAAUAUUUUAUAAUAAAUUAAAAUGAUGUAUAUUUGAUCGUACGUGUCCAUAAAGCGAACAAUAUAUAAAAAACAUCCUAUAUAUAAAUAUACUUCAGUAUUUGAAAUGAAAAAUCUUAUAUUUUAUAGGUAAAAAAUACCAUUAAACACAUAAAAAACCGUUGUCGUUCUGCUUGCCUCUAAAAUCCUCAUCGUAGAUAAUAAAUUAUUAACUAACCUUACCGUACUACGAACGUGAUUUACAUAAAAUCGAAGUUACCGACUUCGUCGAACGUAUUUUGUUGAUUACCCGAAGGAUUCGGCAUUUGCUGGCCCAUUUGCGUCCUCGGCCCGUUUCCACCCAUUUGCUGGACAUU